AUGGCCACAGACGGCAAACUCAAUAUCAACUCCAAGUACCGGCUGAAGUCGGGAUUCGACAUUCCAGUGCUUGGCUUUGGUGUGUACCAGACCCCCGCCGCCGAAGCAACUGAUCUCGUCAAACACGCCAUCGGUAGCGGAUAUCGCCAUGUCGACUCAGCCCGAGCAUAUCGGAAUGAGAAGGCUUCAGCCGCGGGACUGCUAGCCUUGGGCGUCCCCCGUUCGUCCCUCUUCUUCACGUCCAAGGUGGCACCCAAGCGCAUGUCGUACGAAUCGGCCAAGGCGGAUGUCGACGCAACGCUCGCCGAGACGGGGCUCGACUACAUCGACUUGUACUUGAUCCACGCGCCGUACGGCGGCCGCGAGGCACGCUUGGGCGCGUGGAAGGCGCUCGUCGAGGCCGUCGAGGCCGGGAAGGUCAGGAGCAUCGGCGUUAGCAACUACGGCGUGCAUCAUCUCGAGGAGCUGGAGGCGUGGAUCAAGGAGACGGAGGAGACACAGGGAAUGGGGAAAGGCGGCGUGCUGAGCGUGAACCAGGUGGAGCUGCAUCCGUGGCUGGCCAGGGAUGAUAUAGUCCAGUGGUGCCGUCAAAGGGGGGUUUUGAUGGAGGCCUACUCUCCGCUGGUGCGGGCCACUAAGAACAAUGAUCCAUUGUUGGUGCCCCUGGCGAAGAAACACGGGAAGUCGACGGCACAGAUUUUGUUGCGGUGGAGUUUGCAAAAGGGAUUCGUGACUCUCCCGAAAACGGUGACUAUGUCUCGCAUCGAAGAGAACGCUAGCAUCUUCGACUUCGAGCUGGAUGCUGAGGACAUGGGGAGCCUGGAGACCGGGGCAUACGCACCGUGCACAUGGGAUCCCACUGUUAGCCGUGACUAG